AUGGACACUGUAUGGAAAGGAAACCACCGCUACAUUACUAACCAACUCGGGGAGGUUAGGAUGAUGUUGGAAAACUCUAGACAGAAAACCCUUUCAGCAUCCGGUGGUACACCAUUCACAUACUUGAGAAGGAAGGUCAGCAUGCAGGCAAUUAUAUUAAUGAAGGAGGCUGAAGAAGAAUUGGCUGCCCGCUUGGAAAAAAAUGAGAACUCCCGAUGUGCAUGUCAUUUCUCUGUGACACACGGCUUGAGGUGUGGAUGUCAAGUUAUGGAUGGCAGAGCGCGAGACAUAGAGAUAUACCCCGGUGAUAUUCAUAUAUAUUGGCGUACACUGUCAUACGAGCAUCCACCCAAUGCUCAGGAGUACGUUCCCCAGGAGGAGGAGGCUAAAUGUCACCUUCAGGAGUUGGUUGAUGAGGUUGUACGCAGAGGACUAGAGGCAACGAAAAAAGCAGCAAAGAACGUCUUUCGCGGUCUCCACCCGGCGGAAGACAACAUUCACGAGCCAGAAGUGAACGAAUCACGAAAGGGACGCCCCGCAUGGUCUCUAUAG